AUGCGAUAUGCGCUCGCCGUGCAACCCAAAAAUUACCUGCUGUUCGGCUGCCACUUUGUCAACUUCAAUGCUCAAUUAACCCAGAUGUACCGCUGGUACGACUACUGGUAUAUGGGCGGCCAAGACAGAUGGGCCAAGAUCCGAGCCCAGGCGGCCAAACUCGAGGGCCAAGCAUCCUCCGUAGCCGACCAGGCGAAAAGUCAAGUCGGUGCAGCCGUGAAUGAGGUCAAGAAGACCGUUUCGUGA